UGUUUGAUGUUUGCUUUUAAUGAGAAAAAAUUGAUUUAAUUUUCUUGGCCAGAAAUCGAACAGAAAGAAGUUGUCAAAGUCGAAGUCAGCGCUGAUUAUGCAAAAGUUUUUUGGUUUUUUGGUUACCUUUUCUUUGUUUUUGGGAAAAGCCCCAUUUGAAGUGGAGUCAAAAAAAAAACCCAAAAACUCUUAAAGUGCGUCAUCACUUGAGAGCAACAGCAAAUGGGAUCACCGAUCCGAUCACGGAUCACACGAAAGAGACAAGCCACCAAAACGGAGGCCUUCAUUGCAACAUCGUUAACAUGCGCGCUAAUUGUCAAAGUAAUGAAUAACGAAAGCUAAGAUAUACAUAUAACGAUCUACAUAUGAUAUCGAGUGUACUCAUAUCUUCAGGGUAAACUCUGUUUUCGAGAGAUCUUUGCUCGAUGUGGGCAGUAGCUAUGACCAUCAAUAAUCCAGGUAACGCUGACAUGAAAAUGGAGGUCUGUCGCUUCUGUCUGUCUGUCUGUCAGCCAAAUUGAUUCACCUUUCAUAUUAAUGCGGCUUUAAUUCCCCCUUUGGCUCUCUGUAAUGUGUUUCUCUUUCCUCGUAGCUCUUUCUUUUUUUUUAGUGUUUUUUCGCAGUUCCAUAAAAUAGUUAUUAAAACUUUAAGUGGCGCAUUAAAUUGCACAUUAUAAUGUCCAAGUCAUGAUUUAUAUAAGCAAUAUAAUGCGUUGAUUAUGAAAGGGGAUUGAGAUUGGGUAAAUAUGAUAGAAACUUUCCCUAAAGAACUUGAACUGAGGAACUGAAGUUUGGAAUUGGCGAAUCCGUUCCAUAAUUUACUAUUUUAUGAAGCAGAGUUUGUUGAUUCAAAGCAAAGACUAGAAUCGGAACUUUUAAUAAUUAAUUAACAAUAAAAGCAAUAACUCAAUAUUUGUUCUCAAAGCAAACAUAUUUAUAACAGAAAUAAGAAAAGAUGUUCCUGACCAUUUUUACCUCUAAAUGAAAGUCAUAAUUAUAAUACAAAUAUAUGUAAACUAAAACUAGAUCAUAUUUCUCAUAAAUAGUGUAAAUUUUUAAGAGAAUUUUAGGCCCACAAAAACAGAUACCCCUCCCGUAUAUACCCCAUUAAACUGCUGUCCACAUCUAAAUGUAAACCAAAAUAAUGAAUACAUUUUCAUUUCCAUUGAUUGUCUCUCCCCACUAGACCCACAAUUAUCUAAGUCUGAAUGAAAGCAAUUUAAUGGAGUGCAAAUAGUGCCGCAAAGUCGCCAGUCCAUGAGUAUGUCAAAAAGCGGGCGUGUUGAUGGCUAAAAAAGCUACGGAACGACUGAAAUAAACACUCUACAAACAGUCAGCCAGCCAGUCAGGCCAGGCCCAAUGACUUACAUUUGUAAAGAGCCCGAACUGAAGGAGAAAGUGAAAUUUUUGCAUUUCUCAGUGAGCAGCGGCGGCGAGCGGCUCUCCACAACAAGUCUGGGCCAUUGCCAUGGGCCAUUGACAGCGACUCAGACGACCGGCUUUAGACCAAGCUGAAGUUCAGCUCAAACUGCGGUUCAGUCUUCAUUCAGUCAGAAACGAAACAACAACGCAGGCAGCUUUAACCGCACGGAAAACGCAUCAAAAUCGAAAGUGCUUGUGGCCCGCGCGCGAAUCGCGACUCGAAUCGCCAAGUGCUCCGGAGGGGUAUGCAUCAUAUAAACAGUGCGUGUCAUCAGCCAGGCCAUCAUAUGUCACCGGCUAGCAAACAGACAGCCAUCCGGCUUCGGCUUCGACUUCGGCUUCGGCUUGGAGCUGCUGUUUACCUGGUAUUUUUAUGCCUUCUGGCCCAUGGGCCAUCGUUUGCCUUAUGUAAUGGCAGCGAUGGUGAAAAUAUGCAAAAAUACGCGAAUGAAUCACUUACCGAGGUGGAGGCGGACGCAGACGCUCCCAUUUGGUCGCAGUUUCUCCAAGAUUAUGUUUUGAGCCAAAGCAGCAGCCAGCGCACGUCCAAGGAUCUGCCGUAUAUGGGUGGCGGGGAUAUGGGCAUGAGCAUGUCCAUGAAUGGACCCCUCAACUAUCAUUCGUCGGCUUACAAGCGACCCGGGAACAACAUUUACAUUACGCGCCGCAUAGGCGAGGCUGUGGAGCUGGAGCCGCAUUUGCGCAAGCCCGUGGAGAGUCAGAGUCCCCUUGUGAAUCCUCAGUUCCGGCCGAUGACCAAUCAAAUGUUGCACCAACAGCAGCAGCAGCACAUGCAACAGCAGCAACAACAACAACAACAACAACAACAGCAGCGUCAGCAGCCAGGCUUCCUGCAGCAGCUCUUUGGCAUUGGUGGCAGCUCCGGGGGAGGCAAUUCCAAUCCCAAUCUGCCGCCACAGCAGCAGCAUCUGCGGCCAGUGCCCCUGCAGCAGCAGCAGCAGCAGCAGCAACAACAGCAUCUGCAGGGCAGUGGCCAGCCGACAACAUUCCGCGCUGUGUCCGAGAAUGAUCUGUAUCUGCUGGGUGCCAUCGAGAAGCUGGUCUAUCGUGUUGAUUACUUGGAGAGUCGCGUGCGUCGUUCAGAGCAGUUGAUCUACUACCUGAUGGCUGGCAACAAUCAGAAGGAGGUGAAGGAUCCCUGUCCCACGAACUUCACGCGCAUCAGCGACAACUGCUACUACAUCAAUAGCCAGCAGCAGGUAAACUGGAAGACAGCCAAUUCAGCCUGCAAGGCGCUCAACUCGCAUCUGGCAGAGUUCGAGAAGGUCUCGGAGAACGAGGAGAUCAUGGCCUAUUUGCUGAAUCAGCCGACGCACAGGGGACGCGACUACUGGCUGGGUGGCCUCAACCCGGGUCUGCUGUGGAUCUGGUCCAACUCGGCCAAGCCUGUGAAUCCCAACACGAAUCUCACAUCGAUAGCCAUGGCACAGAAGAGCGAUAAUGCCACGGCCACCAAUCUAGUGGAGAGCGCCGAGGAGCCCUCAGAGGACAGCAGCAGCAGCAGCAGCAGCGAUGUGCUCAACAACACAGUGCAGAUCGAGGGCAAGGGUCGGUGUCUGCGGCUGAGCUACAAUGCUGGCAAGCACAGCUACGUGUACUAUGGCCAGGAGUGCACUUCGAGGCACUAUUACAUCUGUGAGCACGAGGACAAGACGCUGGAUAACAAGAUCAAGAAGAUAUCCCGCGAACUGAAGCUCUUCGAUGGAACAAUUGACUCACACAUGUGAUAGGCACUGGCACUUCUAGUUAAUUUUCUAGCCAUAUAUAAACGUAAAUUUCGAAUGAAUUUAUUCUUGUGUUAAACGUUAAAUAUUUAUAAAUAUCUAUACACUUA